UCCAUUUCGAUAAUAAACUGCAACUGCUAAUCAAGCAUUAUUCAUGCAAAAAUUAAGUCUUCGGUAAUUCAUAAAAUUAAGAGCUUCUUUGUUCACAUUUUGUCACUUCUACUUCCGCAAUUCAGGAGGUCAGGUCAAUUUAAAUACCAUAUGUGUAUCUCAAAUCUGAUUUUUUUAUUCUGUUGAAUUAAAGUCAAUCGACAUUUAUAAAUAGAAGGUAAGUUCAGCCUUUGAGAAAGAUUAUUAUUUUGAACAUCAGCAAACAAGUACACAUUCGUACUCACUAAUUGUCACAAUGUGGAAAUCGUUGUUUCUAUUUGUAAUUGUUUUAAACGGUUCUCAAUCGCGAAUUUGGAAUCCUUCAUCUCGAGAUGAACCAAGUUACGAACCCCCACCACGGAGAAAUUUGAAUAUGCUCCAACAAAAGCCACCUUGUACCAUUCUUCCUCCACCUGAAACAGAGGACGAUACAGGAAAUCUUUCUUUAUGGGAGCUAUUGGAAAAAUCUAGACGAGAAAUCCAAAUAAGUGACACCUACAAAGACGUCAUUCUCCUUUUGGGCAACACAGGUUCGGGCAAGACCACCGUGACGCAAUUACUGGCCGGAAACGCUUCCUCGCUUCAGGUUGUAUCAAACCAGGAGAAAAAACUCAUGAUCACCGAUCCUGCCAGAAAGAUUGGACUGACAACAGUCUCCCGGACCUUGGUCCCAGAGCUCGUCGUUGAUAAAUCAAGUGGACUAGCCCUCUACGAUUGUCCCGGAUUCAUGGAUAACCGCGGCCCUAAAGUGGACAUUACUGCAAACUUUCUCCUCAAAAAAAUUACCGACCACGUUUCCACCGUCAAACUUGUGUUUGUCUCCAUCUACUCUUCGGUUUACGGUACGGAAGACAAAUCCGGCUUUGACCAACUUGCCACUUCCGCCAUCCGCUUAAUCACCAACUUUGAGAAGUUGGAGAAAGGAAUUGGACUCGUGGUAACAAAAGUCCCAAACUACGGACCAAGCGAUGGGCAUUUACUUUCGGAUGAAGAAACCAUGCUCACCAUCACCAGUUUCUUGAGAAUGUACAAAUCCGCUCAAGAAGGCAGACUCAACAGUGUCCGCCCGAGUGAGGAUAAGCGAAUAAUCCAGAAAAAAUUGAUUUUGUCACCAUUCUUUUAAAGGAGAAUCGAGUCUGGUUCAUGCGAACACCUCUUGAGUGCGGUCCUCUCAUCAACGCCAAGGAAAUGGUUGCAACCAAAGAAAAACUUACACAACUCAUGCUGUACAAUUUAUCAUUCACUCCUUGCACACCACAAGAUUUUGGAUAUGCACUGGCAGACUCCAGUUUGACACGAAUUAGAGAAAAUUUGAGAACCAUUAACCAAAACAUUUCCGAUAUUGGGGCAACUUUAGUGCGAACAUUGCGAAAAUCUCAGUACGAAAAAACUUUAUUAAUUAAAUAGUUUCAAGGAGUGAAAGCUUAUAUUUUAGACGAAUAUGCUGCCUGGUCC